AUGAGCCGAAUUCAGAAUGGAAAAAACCGAAAUCCUGAGAAACCUAUUUCAGGAUGCUUGGGAAGAAUGGUGAACCUGUUUGAUUUGAACACUGGUUUGGGAGGGAGCAGGCUCCUUACAGACAAGCCACAUCAUGAUGGAAGUGGAACACCCAUAAAGAUGCUAAUUGCACAAGAAAUGUCCAAAGAAGAUGAAUCUUCAUGCAGGAGCCAUUCAAGGAGCCAAUCAGAAUCCUUGGACACACAGUCAAAACAUGAGAUCACAAAGUGCCCUGAACAGGAAGAAUACACCAAAGAUGUUUUUGAAAUAUGGCAGCAACAUUACAAAGAAAGAUGUAGUGAAAAACAGAGUGAGAGUAAGAUGGAUCUUAUCAGGGAAAAGUUCAUGGAAGCCAAACGUUUAUCCACUGAUGAAAAACUUCGCCAGUCCAAACAGUUUCAAGAUGCAUUGGAAGUUUUAAGUUCCAAUAAAGAUUUGUUUCUCAAGUUUCUUCAAGAACCCAAUUCAUUAUUCUCUCAGCAUCUAUACAAUCUGCAGUCUGUUCCUCCACCUCCAGACUCUAGACGCAUCACAGUUCUUAGACCUUCUAAGUUGGUGGAUACUCAAAAGAAAAUUGAAAAACAGGACCUGAAACCAUGGGAUAAAAACAGUUCCGAUAUCUUCUUUUCUCCUGAAUGUUGCAAAACCGAUGAAAACCCUAUGCAGCCAACGCGUAUUGUGAUACUAAAACCUCAUAACAUCAAAGUUGUUGAUUCACAUUCACAUGAUGAUGAUGUAUUUGAUGGGGAUCCAGAACCAGAAGACAGUGAGGUGUUGGAAUCAAGAGAAGCUGAAGAAGAGGAGAUUGCACUUAGAAGAGACGAGACCCUUCUUUCUUCUGUUUUUUCAAAUGGUUAUAUUGGUGAUGAUAGUUCGUUUUGUAAAUCAGAAAUUGAUUAUGCAGCAGGGAACCUUAGUGAUUCAGAAGUUGUGUCACCAACUUCUAGACACUCAUGGGACUAUAUUAAUCGGUUUAAUAGCCACUAUGCCACUUCAUCCAGCCGUGCUUCUUAUUCACCAGAGUCAUCUGUCUGUAGGGAAGCUAAGAAACGUCUUUCUGAAAGAUGGGCAAUGAUGGCAUCAAAUAAGAAUCUUCAGGAACAAAGACAGAUACAAAGAAGCUCCAGUACAUUGGGUGACAUGCUUGCUCUUUCUGAUUUGAAGAAAUCGGUAAAACCAGAGGAAAAUAAACAAGAGAUGAUUAUUAUGGGAUCUAAUGAUUUGAACAAGCAUGAAGAUGAUGAUAAUGAUAAUAGCCCUAGAAAGCUUUCAAGAUCAAAAUCUGUUCCAACAUCUGGAGUUUCAGGUUCCUUGGAAGGGAAAGGAGAUGAUAGCUUAAGCAAGGAAAAGCUUGUGAAAUCAUCAUCAUCAUCAUCAUCAUCAUCAUCAUCAUUCAAGGGGAGAGUUUCAAGUUUGUUUUUCUCCAAAAACAAGAAAUCCAGCAAAGAGAAGUCAAACCAGUCAAAGGAUGAACGCCCAAGAAAUGAAGGAUCUCAGUGUGUUGAAGAUGAAUCAUGUAGUCAAUUAUAUAGAAGAUCACAAAGCAUAGUUUUACCUGAGAAGGCUGGAUUUUCUUUUAAAAAUCCUGAGUUUGUUAGAAACCACAGCAGUGAGAACCAAGACCAACCAAGCCCUAUAUCAGUAUUGGAACCACAAUUUGAAGAAGACGAUCACACAGCAAAUGCCAAGCUGAAUAAACAUGAUUCUAUGAAAUACAAGUUGAUUGACAAAUCUCCACCCAUUGGGUCCAUAUCCCGGACCCUAUCAUGGGAUGAUACUAGCCUAGGCUCAGCCACACCGUACUCCGGUAAACCCUCAUCAUCAGCACCACCACUAAACCCACAGGAAGAGGAGCAAGAAUGUCUGUUGUAUGUGGAGACCUUGUUAUCAGUAGCAGGUCUCCAUAAGACCCGAUCAAACUCACUUUUUGCCAGGUGGCACUCGCCCGAAAGCCCGCUGGACCCAUCAUUGAGGGACAAGUACAUGAACCUAACAGAAAAAGACUCGAUUUUGUCGCAAAGCAAACAAAGGCAUCAUCAUCAUAGAUCCAUGACAAAACUCAUGUUUGAUUGUGUCAACGAGGCGUUGAUGGAUAUUGGUAGUGGGGGUGGGGCUCACAUGGCGAUGAUGAUGACGUCAGCAUUGGUGGGGGACCGAGUGUGGGCCCAGAUGAAGGAAUGGUUGUUUUCCGGGGAGGAGAGGUGGGAGGAUAGUGAUGGUGAUGGCGGGAGUGUGGUGGAGGAGGUGGUGAGGAAGGAGGUGGUGGGGAGGGGGUGGGUGGAGGGGUUGAGAUUGGAAAUUGAUGAUACAAGAAAGGAUAUAGAAGGGAAGUUGCUUGAGGAGCUGGUGGAAGAGUCUGUGUUGGAGUUGACUGGUAGAGUUUUUUAA